AUGCCGAAUUCAUGGCGGCAAUGGCGAAUCUCGCUAAUACCAUGGAAGCUAAUGCUGUUGCGACUCUGCAAGCUGUGUAGAGAUUGGGCCAACCGGCCAGGAAUGAAAGUGGCAAUGGGAAUGGCGAAGGGAUUGCCAAUGAUAAUGCUAAGGCUAGCGGGAGAAGCCCAGCCCUGGUGGCAAGCUGAGUGUUAUUUGCUACAGCUUCAGAACACCGACAUUCCAUGGGAGGUGUUCCAGACGGCUUUUUAUAAGAAAUACUUCCCUGAGUCUGCAAGGGAAGCAAAGGAGAUGGAACUAAUGCAGAUGAAGCAAAGUUCCCUAUCUGUGGCAGACUACACCAACAAGUUUGAGGAGCUCUGUAGGUUUUCUAGAGCUAGAGUAGUGGAAGAGUACGCCAAGACCGUGGCGGCAUCCAAGGACAAUCAUGGAGGGAGCUCUAGUCGGGGGCGUGACAAGUACUUUCAUCCGAGAGGACAAAGCUUCAAGAGAGGAGGAUAUGCGCCUCAAGGCCAAGGGGGCUUUAGAAAGAACAAUCAGAAACAAUUUCAGUAUGCUAAGGGAAGAGGAAAUCAGAGUAAGAGUUCUUCGGAUUUAGUUUGUGAUUGUUGUGGACGUUUUCACCCUUUUGACUCAUGCAAGAUUGAUUUAGGUGGUUGCUUCAAUUGUGGGUUGUCUGGCCACAUUGCGAGGGAUUGCACUCGUGGGAGGAAUCAGAAUGCGGGCCAGAGUCAGCAUCAAGGUCGAGUCUUUGCUGUGAAUGCCAAGGAUGCUUCCAAGGCGGAUCCGUUGAUGAGAGGUAUAUGUCUAAUUGGUGACAAGUCCUUAGUUGCGUUAUAUGAUACUGAAGCUUCGUAUUCGUUUAUUUCAUUUGCUAAAGUUGAGGAAUUAAGCUUGAAAGUGUUAGAGUUACCUUUUGAUCUGCAUGUACAUACUCCGCAUCAAACAGUUAUGACUAGCUCAGGUUGUAGACAAAAUCGGGUUUUGUUGGAUUGCUUUGAACGGACUAUUCGGUUUAUACUGGAAGGAGAAAAUGGAGCAGUGGUAGCUACGGGGUAUUACCUGAACUCUGUAAUUGUGCAUGGUAGUAGGGAGGAGUGUCAGGGUUAUAUUCUGUUGGUUGCUAAUGCGUUGGGUGAUGCCCAGAACUUAGAUCGGAUACCGGUGGUUAGAGAUUUUCCAGAAGUGUUCCCGGAAGAUAUCCCUGAGUUCCCACCUCAAAGGAAAAUUGAAUUUGUGAUUGAAUUGGUGCCGGAGCCAGACCAUUGUUGA